UUCGUAAGAGAACUGCGGCGGAAGUAGUGAGAAAAAAGUCAGUGCUCCUACUUGAUAAGGUGAACACACUACAAUUCCGUUACAACACGUGGGUCAUGUGUCUCCAUCAUCAAAGUACGUACCCAAUAUAGUGACAGUGCACAUAUAUAAAUGAAAGUGCAGUGUACAUAUGAUAGUUUCAAAUUGCACGAGUGUAUUUCGGCUUGUGCCAUGAAAAUCAAUGUUUCAUCCAAGCACGUGCCGACUGACACUUACCAGCAUGAGUUUCUGGCCACGAAGACGCUUCCGUAUAACACCGCUACGAGUGCUCCUGGCAUUCAUUGUGGUCGGUGUAGUCUUCUGGUAUAGCCUCAAUCGGCAAGAAGCACCACGACAACCCUGUAGCGUGCCAGAUGAAUUUACCGAAAAGUUGCACGACCUUGCAAACAGGGCUCAUUUGGUCCUGGCUAAAUUAGGGGUAGUCCACUUUCUUUGCCUGGGUGGACUUUGGGGUCAAGCAAGAAUAGGUCGUGCUCUACCCUGGGCAAGAAAAAUAGAAUUGUGCUUGGUAGACACUCUAAGGGAUGACGUCCUUAUUACCAAGACUUUUAGGGAGGUUGGUUUAAGCGCUACUUACUUACACGCUGCUGGAAUUUAUCGCGUACAGGAGCACGAAGUUGGCGAGGAUGCACCUAAAAUAGAAGUGGUUGUUUUCGAAGAAGAUUCAGUGACUAAAAUGGUAAGAAGGGUUGGAUGGACUAGACGAGUUUUGCCACCGGAUUGUGAACUUUCACCAAGUCUACAGUGCUUUCCGCCUCAGUUGGUAAUACCACCGUUACCAAUGAAACAAUUUGGUGGUUAUUUACUGCCAGUACCACGAGAGGGUAUUGAACUACAAAAAUAUCAUUAUCCUAAUGAUUGGUGGUUGGAGAUCAAACCUACAGACUGUAUAGAACCUGACGUCAAUCAUACGUAAUUGUGAACAUUUUUUAAUGUCAUCCAAUGAUGAAAAUUUCAAUUUUCGCGGGUACUUAAUCACUGAACUUGGUCACCUCUCCGAUUCGCCUAACAUGAAUUGGAAUAUUGGAUGUAGCCAAUGAUUCAAGAACCGACUAGAUAUCAAAAAUGUUAAAAAUUCAAGCCUCGUACUUGUUUAGAGAGUAAGAAUGUUAGUUAUUCGCCGGGACUAAAAAGAUCCAUAUAGUUAUACAACAUAAUCAUCAAUCGCAUAGAAUCUCACAAACUUAGGAAAUACUUAACCGCUUAGCCUGGAAUCACGUAUCCGACGCUUUGAACUCCGCAACCCACAAUUGUUUUGCACGUUUGCAAGCUGUAUACUUUUCAUCCUACAUAGUUAUAGAAUUGCAUUUAAUUUAUUACUUUAACACAAAUUAUCAUCGAACAGUUGAACAUCGAUGGUCUUUUGUGAUUCGCAGACUGCAGAAUAAUUAGACAGCUUGAGCUCACGCGACUGCUGAUUAAAUACUAGGCCAAGUGGUUGAGAAAGUAUUAAGCUUCUUCAGGCAGCAAUUGGUACUGGGAGCUACGAGAGAAUUUAACUUACUUAAAAUCCUUUUGCAUACGUAAUUUUUUUUUCGUUCUUCAUAUAAUCAACUAUGGCUUGUACUGUGUGUACGAUUUGUUUCAAAGCACAUAUCUUAAUGAAUAAUUUAGUAAAGAAAUAUUGCGACUACAUCGGAUUCCUACAAAAUAUCUUCCGAGCAAAAAUCACUACGGAUCGUAGAUGAAAUUCCGCAAGAAACUGUACAUUUAUACAGAAAUAAAGACGUGUACAAUUGUUUA